AUGGCGGGAUCUGUGGGCACAGGCAGGGUAGCACCUCGGUCGUCCCCAAAGCGGUACAACGGCAUGGAUCCGCCGUUAUCUUUGACCAGGCCGACCAUGUUCGAUCUGCAGAAGACGGCUGAGCUCGAGAAGUUCUUGGUUGAAGCGGGCCUUUACGAGAGCGAGGAGCAGUCCGCGAAACGGGAGGAGGUGCUACGGGAGAUUGAUGGGAUAGUUAAGGAAUGGGUGAAGCAGUUAACUAGUCAGAAAGGGUAUUCUGAGCAAAUGAUUGAAAAGGCAAAUGUAGUCCUUUUCACUUUUGGAUCUUACCGCUUGGGGGUUCAUGGGCCUGGAGCAGACAUUGAUAUCUUAUGUGUUGGACCUUCAUAUGUGAACCGAGAGGAGGAUUUCUUUGUCACACUACAUGGCAUAUUAACACAACUGGAAGAAGUGACUGAACUACAACCUGUACCUGAUGCUCAUGUACCUCUUAUGAAAUUUAAGUUCCACAGGAUGGCAAUUGACCUUCUCUAUGCCAGUGUAUCUCUUGCAGUAAUACCACCAGAUUUCAACAUCUCUGAAGGGUCUGUGCUUUGUGGUGUUGACGAAUCAACUGUUCGAAGUCUUAAUGGGUGCAGGGUGGCAGACCAGAUUCUUCGACUUGUUCCAAAUGUUGAGAAUUUCCGGACAACACUCAGGUGUUUGAAGUACUGGGCAGAGAGAAGGGGCGUUUAUUCCAAUGUUACUGGUUUCCUUGGGGGUGUCAACUGGGCCAUAUUGGUUGCUCUUAUCUGCCAACUCUAUCCUAAUGCUGUACCAAGUAUGCUGGUCUCAAGAUUCUUCAGAGUUUUUACGCAGUGGCAGUGGCCGAAUCCAGUGAUGCUUUGUGCCAUUGAGAAUGAUGACCUUGGUUUUUCUGUAUGGGAUCCACGUAAAAAUCCUCGUGAUAGAUCUCAUGUUAUGCCUAUCAUAACUCCAGGCUAUCCAUGCAUGAACUCUAGCUAUAAUGUAUCUUCUAGCACAUUGAGGGUUAUCAAGGAGCAAUUUAAGCUCGGUAAUAAGAUUUGUCAGGAAAUUGACCUUAAUAAGGCUAGUUGGACUGCCUUGUUUGAGCCUUUUAUUUUUUUCGAGGCAUAUACGAAGUAUCUAGUGGUUGACAUUGUUGCGGACAAUGAUGAUGAUCUUCGGCUUUGGAAGGGAUGGGUUGAGUCUCGACUGAGGCAGCUGACCUUGAAGAUAGAGCGGGAUACUAAUGGAAUGCUGCAAUGCCAUCCUUACCCAUGUGACUAUUCAAAUCCUACAGUACAGUGUGCUCAUUGCUCCUUCUACAUGGGCUUAUCAAGGAAAGAAGGGAUGAAAAUACAUGGUCAAAACUUUGAUAUUCGUGGAACGGUAGAUGAGUUUAUGCAUGAAAUCGGAAUGUACACAUUGUGGAAGUCUGGAAUGGACCUAGCGGUCACUCAUGUUCGUAAGAAGCAGAUCCCUUAUUAUGUAUUUGAACAGGGUUACAAGAAACCUUGUCCACCAAUGCAUGCAAACCAGCAAGAGCAGUCUGAUAGACAUGACACUGAAGAUGACACACUGACAGCAUCUAUGUUGGGCCAACUAAAGAGAAAGCGUGAUUUUGAUGAAGCUGGUCACAGUGAAUCAUGUAAAUCUGUUAAAAGGUCUUCAGUAUGCCUAGGCUACGAGGAAAGUCCACCUGAAUAUGGAAGCAUUGUAAGUAAAGUUGUAUCCGGAAACACAGUCAAAUUGGUUUCCAGUGCCCUCUGUAAUGGAGUUCAGAAUGGACUGUCGCAUGGCAAUGUAAAUUUGGAAUCAGCAAAUUGCUCCAGUUCACCACAUGGAUCUGAGGAGUCUGCAGCAUCAGGCACAAGCUGUGCAGCUGUGGAAACAGUUCACAUGGUUUAUGAAACUGUUGGUCCUGAAAGCUCAAUGGCAUGUGUUAUCAAUGGUAUGGUCCAGACUAUGGCAGUGCACACACCUUUAAAAUGUGUGGCUGAGAAAGAUGAACCCAAGUUUGAGGGAAUUGGUAGCUUGGCAAACAGCAAUUCUGCCGAGUUUAUGGAGCAGACAGAAAUGCUCACUGGAAACGUCCUUGGUGAGAAUAUGCACUUGUGUGAAUGA